AUGUGGGGCGAGAACAAUCAGGAAGUGUCGGUGACGUAUCGUCGUGGGUUGCCAGUUAUCACAGUACCGCUGCCGUCUCGCCGUGAAAGAUGCCGGUUCACCCUUCGACCCGUUUCUCAAACAGUAGGAGAUCUCUUGGAACAGGUGAGACCGUUAGCUGCGCAUGAAAUAUUAGAUGCUUUAGAAAAUGUUUCUGAUAAUGAAGAAGACUAUAGAGAACGACUGAUAUGUGUUCUACCUCCUCCUGUUGAUUCUGACUGUCUCACUGACGAAGAUUCGAAUGAAGAAGAUAAUGUAACUUUGAAUAAUUUGCCACGAAACAUUCUGCUUCAACCGGCUGAAGUAAUGAUUCAAGGGCAGAUUAUGGUGAGUGAUACAGAAGAAGAACCUUCUGAUUCUACAGGUCGAACUAAACGUAGGCGUACCUACGCAUGGAGAAAACGGGACUUGGCAAAAAAUCCUGUGAAUUGGCCAGAUGUUCAAGGCGCCCAAGAUAAGCGCCCAAUUGAGUGGUUUGAAAACUUCUUAGAUGAAGAUGCUAUUUCGUUGUUGGUGUCAGAGAGCAAUAAAUAUGCUGUCAAAAAGAAUUUGCCUGGAGACAUAACCACUGAAGAUAUGAAAUGUUUCCUCUGCAUAUUGUUGUUGAAAGCAGAAGACCGCGGAGUAGAGCGCGCGGUCGCGAUGGCUUCGGAUGAUCGCGUGCGCAUCGCGUCCAGCGACACCGUUGAAGCUCUACUCGAGAACGACUUUAGACUCGUCAUCAAUGACACGGAGUACUACGUCAAGAGUCCACCGCAGGAACGCCUAAGUGCUGAAGAGAUAACUCGUCUCAGCGAUGUUAGGAAUCUAGUGAAUCAGUUGUACGAAGCGCUGAACGUGCGAGAGCACCAAAUAAAGAAGGAACGAGAACUGAGGGCGCAACUCGAGAAACUGUCUACUGAACUACAGCCGUUGGAAGAAAAGCGGAUGUCCCUCGAAAUGGAAACUACCCGCAAAACAUCGCUUUUGACGUGGGUAGGUCUGGGGCUCAUGGGCGUUCAGUUUGGAGUGCUAGCCCGUCUCACGUGGUGGGAGUACUCUUGGGAUAUUAUGGAGCCUGUCACUUACUUCGUCACUUAUGGUACAGCGAUUGCUGCGUACGCUUAUUUCGCACUUACUAAACAGGAAUACGUCUUGCCAGAUGUGAAAGAUCGGCAACAUCUGAUAACGCUACAUAAAAAAGCGAAAAAGAUUGGACUCGAUAUUAAUCAAUAUAAUUAUCUUAAGGAUGAGGUCGAUAAGCUCCAGAAAGACCUAGCACGCCUUCGUGAUCCACUACACAUUCAUCUGCCCCUCCAUUCGAAAGCGGAGGACACUAAACGGUCUCCGUUGACCAAAAUUAAGGACAUGCUCGAAGAGACCACUAAAAAAAUUAAAAUGACGUAA